AUGCGCAUGCUCAACGAGACCGAAGAAAACGACGUGAGCGUCUCCUUUUCCGACCAACAAUCCAUCAAUGCCUUUUCCCGGUACAACAAUCGAGUAACGGACUACGAAGAGGACUUGAAGAGGAAGAGGGAAGAGAAAGAGGCAGUGGAAGAGGUGAUGAUGGAAUUGGAAUUGGUGGAUGAGGAGGAAGAGGUACUCUACAAGAUCGCCGACUCUUUCGUUCACCUUCCACAACCCAAAGUCAUCUCCCUCCUAGAAAAAGAAACGACAAAGCUGGACGAAGAAAUUGAGGCGCUCAAGGCGAGGGUGGAUGAGUGUGAAGAGGAGAUGAAGAAGUUGAAGGUGGUCCUUUAUGGGAAGUUUGGGAGUAAUAUUAAUCUGGAGAGGGAUUGA